CGUCUGGAUGAUGACGCACAGCAGCGGCAGAGAUGAUCAGCACCGCUGGCUCUGGAUGAGACUCGCAGUGUUUGGCAACAUAAACCGAUAGAUAUGCAACCAUGGGGAUACGCAGUAAUUCUAGCGGUUAAUGCUGAGCUUGGUGACAUUCUAGAACAUCUUCACUGCAGUUCCGUGCGCACCGCCUCAUCAUCUGGGUCUCAGUGAGAAGGACACGGCCGCGCGUCGUCGGCAGGAACCGUCCUGGAGAUGGACGGAAGGACUGCGGAAACCGGGGAUGAUGGGAGUCAGAGUGAAGCAACGGCAUCCGGCCUCUGUCUACAGCUUGACCUGGGGGACACCGAUCCAUCCAGGAAGGGUCAGAUAACAGAGAUGCCGUCCCCAUUCGGAGCAGGCCAAGCUCACGAGAAGAAGAUUGGCCACAGGAGGGUCGAUGCUUCUGGAGAGACAACAUAUAAGAAGACCACCUCCUCAGCCUUGAAAGGGGCCAUCCAGCUGGGUAUUGGCUAUACAGUAGGCAACCUCAGCUCUAAACCUGAGAGGGAUGUGUUGAUGCAGGACUUCUAUGUGGUCGAAAGCAUCUUCUUCCCCAGCGAGGGCAGUAACCUCACUCCAGCCCACCACUACCCAGACUUCAGGUUUAAAACCUACGCCCCUGUGGCCUUCCGCUACUUCCGGGAGCUAUUUGGGAUCCGACCAGAUGACUACCUGUAUUCCCUUUGUAAUGAGCCACUGAUUGAGCUGACAAAUCCAGGAGCCAGUGGUUCCAUAUUCUAUGUAACACGUGAUGACGAAUUUAUCAUCAAAACUGUUCAACAUAAGGAGGCGGAGUUCUUGCAGAAGCUGCUUCCAGGAUACUACAUGAAUUUGAACCAGAACCCAAGGACUUUGUUGCCAAAGUUUUUCGGCCUCUACUGUGUCCAAUGUGGGGGCAAAAACAUCAGAGUUGUUGUAAUGAACAAUAUUUUGCCACGCUCUGUACGGAUGCACCUCAAGUUUGACCUGAAAGGCUCAACAUAUAAAAGGCGAGCGUCAAAGAAGGAAAGAGAAAAAUCCAAACCCACUUUUAAAGACCUGGACUUCCUGAGUGACGUUCCCGAAGGCCUCACACUGGACCAGGACACAUACAAUGCCAUGGUCAAAACUCUGCAGAGGGAUUGUCUGGUUCUGGAAAGCUUUAAGAUUAUGGAUUAUAGUUUGCUACUUGGGGUCCACAAUAAAACCCAGUCAGAGAAAGAGCGUCAGGCCCAGGGCUCACCUGCAGGAGGUGGGGAUGAAAAGAGGCCUGCAGCCCAGAGGUCCCUGUACACCACUGCCAUGGAGUCCAUACAGGGAGACUCCAUGUGCAGGGACACACUGGACCACGAUGACACUAUGGGGGGGAUUCCAGCUGUGAGUAGUAAAGGGGAAAACCUGCUGCUGUUCAUUGGAAUCAUUGACAUUCUGCAGUCGUACAGACUAAUUAAGAAACUGGAGCACUCUUGGAAGUCUCUCAUCCACGAUGGAGACACAGUGUCAGUUCACAGACCUGGUUUCUAUGCUGAAAGAUUCUACAAGUUCUGCAGCUCCAUUGUCUUCAAGAAAAGCUGCUCUUUGCGACCAUCUCCAUCCAAGAGGGGACGAGGGGCUCUGUCCAUGUCCAAGUCCAGUGCACACGGAACCGGAUCAGUAGGACAACGUCCCUCAGUCAGUGACGAGAGGCGGGAAAACCAGGACAACCUGGAGAACCUACGAGGAGCUCGCAGCUUCCCCAUGCUAGAGGAUAAUGGAAGAGAGCCACCAUGCACACCACCUUCAUUUGAAGAUGCUACCACAGCGUCGAUUGCAACCACCCUCUCCUCUAACAACUCCUUGCCCACCACCCCCUUCGACACACCAGAGCACCCACGCUACAGGAGACAAAUGCUCUCCCCAAGUGUAGCCAGGUCUGUGAUUUCCAAGGCAACAAAAUGCUCGUCACAAAGAGAGAUCGUUGAGGUUCAUGGGGAAAAGCAGGACACCAUAACUGUGGAGGUUGAGCUCAGUAAAAUCCCAAACAGCACGGAGCUCACGAAGAUGAUAGAAAUGACAUCCUCCACCCAUUUGUCACCUGACGAUCAGCCCCGAGUCGUUCAUUCAUCCAGCCCGCCCUCUGUUAGUCCGUCUUCAGCGCAUUCCUCCUCCACCCUUCCUCCCUCCUUCGUCACCUCCACCUCUCCCUCAUCUGCUCAGUCAUCCUUGACACUUGCUUCAUCCAUUCGUCCGUCCACCAAACCCCUCACCUCUCCCACAGCGGCCCAGUCUCACACUCUGUCCACCCCGGUUGUUCGUUCAGCUCCACAACCCUCUUUUUUAACUCCCUCGGCUCCAAACUCCUCCACCCUCCCCCCUCCUGCUUCGGCGUUUAUACCCAUCUGCCCCGCAUCUCCUCACUCCUCCUCUCACCAGCUGCCCUCAACGCCUCCCUCCUCCCUCCCUCCGAGCCCCCAGGUGCCCCGCCAGGCAUCUCAUACGUCGUCCAAUCAGCUGUCUGUGUCCAGCAGCCACAACUCAUUGGAUGGGGAGGUGCAGGUGUCCGACAUCUAUUUUUAUGCAGAUGGCAGAUAUUGGGUGUACUCUCCGAUUCUUGGCCGUCGUAAGCUAAACUCUAGCUCAAGUUACAAUCAGACUCAGGAGGAUCGGAGCUGGGUGUACUCUCCCCUGCACUAUGGCUCAGAGUCCAGAAGAGGCUCAGACGGGGAGAGCGAAACAUAACUCAUGGAGGAGACAGCAGUGAUGGGUGGAGCCAGAAGCUGUCUCCAUAUGUAGAAGCUGUGAGGUUUUAUAAAGCCACUAGAACCUAUGAAGAUUUAAUGAAUACUGUUUAAUGCGGGUUGCCCAGGCUGCAUGUAGAAGCUUGCUUUGCCAACUGUGACAGAGACUAAAGGAAUUAACUUAAAUGCAUUACUAGCAUACAAAAAAAAAAAAAACCACAUAUGCGCACACAAUCGCACAUGCAAAACAAUGUCUAGACAGACAAUGAUAAAAAUAUGCACAAAAAAAAAAAAAAUCAUUAAGCAUAAAAAAAUCUAACUGAUAUUAUGCAGAGAAAUAUAUACAAAUGAUGCUGUGAAUUAUGUGGUCCUCGAGUCAGGUAUUGUGUAGAGAUUUCUAAGUGUUCAUGGGUUGCGCUGCACUGUGCCAGCUUUGGCUAUGCAAUAUGAAAUAUGUUUUAUUGAUUCCUCUGACUCAUGCUGAAAAACUACUUCAGAGUUCAUUCAAGCAUUUAUUUUUUGUCAUAGGGGCAUGUUGAAGCUGUGAAUAAUUGAUUUUUAGCACUUUAAGUGGCUGAGAGGUUUUUUUGGAAUUGUAUAUUGUAUACAUUUUGUUAUUUUGUCAUAAGUUGUUGUUUGAGAACACACUCUGUUGCAGAAAGUUAAUGUUUUGUGUGCUGUAUACGCACAGUGUCCCCCUAUUCCAGUGGUGUGUGUCGGUCCGAUGUAAAAGAAAAAAAAAAAAAAAAAAAAAAAAAGAAAGAAAAAAAAAUCUGACAUUGAAUGGUCGUGUUCAAUAUGCCUUAUUGACUGUGACUUAUUUUGGUCACAUGUAAUCAUUUAAAAUAUAUUUUCAGAAUUUAAACAAUAUAGCAGCCAAGCAGCUAUCAGGUCACUUUUGGGGGAAUUUAGAACAAAGAAGACAAAAAUAAUCCAAAUGAUGUUUAUAAUUGUAAAUGUGUGCAUGCAUGUAUCUUUAUAUGUGCUCAUUUGUCUCGGUGUGCAUGUUUUUGCAUGCAUAUGAUGUGACUGGGAAAUGUGUAAUUUUUUUUUGUACUGCUUUUAUGUCAGAUUGUCAGAAGAUGUCCGUUCCAUCAGUUGUUAUUGUCUGUAAAGUCUAUCACCAGCUGUAAGCAUGUCAGCUGUUAAACAGGGACAAUGCAGUCAUCUUAACUGACAGAUCAUAAAUUAAUAGAUUUUUUUAAUAUAAAUAUAAAUGAGCUAAUCUGAAAUAACAGGACAGAGACUGAACAGAU